CGCGCGCACCUCAAACGUCAGGUGGAAAAGUGAAUGUGCAGUACACACGUCUAAGUUUUUCUCGAUAUCAAGACUUUUUUCACAGCCCCUAAGCUCAUACCUGAGUAAUAAUUUCUGACGACAGUGAUCCCGGAUCCUUGGACAAACAAGCGUAGAUCGCAUUGCACAGCACUGGCUGCAGAAUGGAUGACGAUUGGGAGCAAAUUGCCGACAAAAUUGAUCGGGGUGCGAUUCCGCCGAAGACACAUGUCAACAAGUGGGAGGGCGAGGACGAGGACGACGAUGUGAAGGACAACUGGGAGGAUGAGGAGGAGAAGAAGGAUGAGGAGAAAGUCGAGGCGAAAGUAACGAAAGCGAAACCCAAGAAGACAUUGCAGGAUAAAAUAGCAGAAAAAGAGCGUCUCCAACAGGAAGAGACGGAGAGAUUGGAGCAGGAAAAGGUGGCCAUGACACCGGAAGAGCAGAUGGCGGAGAAACUCAGGAUCGAGAAGGAACAGAGGGAGUCUGACCUGAAGAAUGCUCAGGAAUUGCUGGGCGUGAGUGGUGAACGCCUGUCCGGAGAGGGAAUCGAUGCAAUGUACCCCACAAAUAAGGCGGAAUUCACUGAACUAGCCGAAGCCAUAAGCAGAAAAGCGUCCACAUUCAAGAGCAAGGAUGACUUUCCGGGAUUUGUUGAAGAUUUAGUUCGCAAUCUCUGUGUACAUUUGAAUUCGAUUGACUUGAAGAAGGUGAAAACCACAGUGGACAAUUUGUACACGGAGAAGCAAAAAAUGGAGAGGGAGAAGAGUAAAAAGGGCAAGGCCAAAUCGCGAGCUAAAUUGAGAUAUGACGGAGACACUCAAUCGAAGAUCACGGACUAUGGCUACGAAGAGUAUGAUGAUUACGAUGACUUCAUGUAACAUUAAAUCAAAUGGGGGAUCUUUACUUGUUAUAUUUACAAUUGAUUUGAUGACUAAGAAAUUCAACAUUCAAGAAUGGCAAAUCGCGAUGGAUAAACUUUGGUAAAUGCGCAUCCUAUACAAGUGUAGAGAGUUCUACAUGUUUUGUCUGUAUAUUAACUAAAAUUAAAUAUGAAUUUUCAAAUAAACAUUUAAAGAUUGCAAAGGGAAA